UGAGCUAAAACCGUCCUUAUGAUCCCACUCGUGACCUUCGUGUGACUAGCUCUCCUUGUUUGGAUGCAAAAAUGGGCGUCUUGGGGAAGAAAUGCGACAUUCUCGCAGUUCUUUACCUGACUUGCUUUAUUUCCAGCUCGUUAUGUUUCCAAUGCGCUGAAAAGGGAGCGGGGAAGGAUGCCGAGAAACUGCAAAUCCACAUUGUACCGCACACGCACGAUGACGUGGGAUGGCUGAAAACAGUCGACGAGUAUUUCUACGGAGCAAACAAUUCAAUCCAACACGCGGGAGUCCAAUACAUCUUAGAUUCGGUCAUCCCUGCUUUGAAUGAGGACCCGAAUAAGCGUUUCAUUUACGUGGAGAUAGCCUUUUUUAAAAGAUGGUGGGACCAACAAAAUGUCGAGAUGCAAGAAAUUGUGAAAAAAUUGGUACUGCAAAAACGGCUAGAAUUUAUCAACGGGGGGUGGUGCAUGAACGAUGAAGCGGCAACUCACUAUAAUGCUAUCAUUGACCAGAUGACCGUUGGUCUCAAGUUUAUUGAAGAAACUUUUGGGUCAGAUGCGAGGCCAAGAAUCGCAUGGCACAUCGAUCCAUUCGGGCACUCGAACGAGCAGGCAUCGCUUUUCGCGCAAAUGUCAUUUGAUGGAUUCUUCUUUGGUAGAAUCGAUUACGAUGAUAAGACAUUAAGGUUAAAGCAGCAGCGAAUGGAGAUGGUAUGGCGAGGCAGCAAAAGCGGCAAUCUUGGAAAAAAUUCGGAUAUUUUUACGGGUGUUUUGUACAAUGGAUAUAACCCGCCGCCUGGGUUUUGUUUUGACCAGUUCUGCAGUGAUCAGCCUAUUCAAGAUGACCCUAGACUCUAUGAUGAGAACGUCAAGCAGAGAGUUGAGGAGUUUAUCAAGUUGGCUUGUGAACAAGGCAGUCAGUACAAGAGCAACAAUAUAAUGAUGACCAUGGGGUCGGACUUUAUGUAUGAGAAUGCUAACUUAUGGUACAAAAAUCUUGACAAGCUAAUCGCUCAUGUCAACCAGGAUAGUCGGGUGCGUGCAUUUUACUCUACACCAACUACCUAUUUAGAGGCUCUUCAUGCUGCCAAUCUAACUUGGGGCCUGAAAACAGACGAUUUUUUCCCAUAUGCGGAUUGCCCUCACUGUUAUUGGACAGGCUACUUCACAAGUCGACCAGCCUUGAAAAGAUAUUCAAGGCUAAAUAACAAUCUCUUACAGGCUUGCAAACAGCUUGAAGUGCUUAAUGGGCCUGCACAAUCUGGCUCACCCUCCUCUGACCUCUUGAGGCGUGCAUUAGCUGUUGCCCAGCAUCAUGAUGCUGUCAGUGGUACAUCCAAGCAGCAUGUAGCUGAUGACUAUGCUAAAAGGUUGGCCAUAGGUGCUGCUGACUGCCAGGCUCUGAUGUCUAAUGUUAUCGGUAAGAAAUCUAUCAAGUCCAAGGGCAAUGCACCGCCAGUAUUCAGCUCAUGUAACCUACUGAAUGUCAGCAGCUGCCCAUCCACCGAGGACAGCAAGUCCUUCGUAGUCAACGCUUAUAACCCCAUUGCACGAGAUAUCACAUCUUACAUACGCGUGCCCGUCAAUUUGCCAAUGUCUGUCUACAACCCCCAAGGCGCGGCAAUAAAAAGCCAGCUCCUGCCUAUCUCACAGGAGACCAUGACCCUGAGGAGAAUGCAGAAGCUAUCGGCAAGCAACUCCAAGUAUGAAUUAAUCUUUAAAGUAAAGCUUCCUCCAUUGGGGUUCGCAUCCUACUUUGUAAAUACUUCUAAGACAAGUUCAAAGAUGUAUGGGAAAUCAUUUGCGGUUGACCCUUCUACGGUUAUCCAGAACGAGUUUAUCAAGCUCGAAUUUUCUCGAGAUACCGGUCGCCUCACAAGCAUGACAGAUCUCGUGUCGGAGGUGACAACUCAAGUCGACCAGCAGUUCUUGUGGUACAACGCUAGUGUUGACCAAUCUCAGCCGUCAGGGGCAUACAUCUUUAGGCCUAACACGUCGUCGACGUUCCCUGUAAAUGCUGGGGGAAAGGCGACCUUCACGGUGUACCAAGGCCCUCUGGUGCAGGAGGUGCGUCAGGUAUUCUCUCCAUACGUCAGCCAAGUUGUUCGUCUGUACUACGGACAAAAGCACGCGGAGUUUGAGUACACUGUUGGUCCGAUACCUGAUGAUUUAGGUAGAGAGGUCAUCACCAGGUUUGAUUCGGACAUCAAGUCGAACAAAGUGUUUUAUACCGAUGCAAACGGACGCGAGAUGCAGCUGCGCACCAGGGACUUCAGACCGACUUGGAAGUUGAAUAACACGGAGCCAGUGGCUGGAAAUUAUUACCCUGUCAACAGCAGAAUCUUCGUAAAAGACAGCAAUAGGCAACUCACAUUGCUGACUGACAGGUCCCUUGGAGGUUCGAGCCUCAAGGAUGGUUCAGUGGAGCUUAUGCUGCAUCGCCGACUGCUAGUUGACGAUAAACGAGGUGUCGACGAGCCUCUUAACGAGUCAGGCAUCAGCGGCAAAGGCCUCAUCGUCCGCGGGAAGGUAAACGUAGUGUUAGCUCCCCCGGCGACCUCGGCGGCGACCCACCGCGAGUUGGGUGAGCAAAUGGUGCUAGAGCCAAUUGUCAGCUUCGCUCAGAAUCCAAGCACCGUGGAGAAGUGGCUAGCGAAAUACAACUCACUGUACACCGGUGUGGCGCGUCAGUUGCCUAGCAACGUACACAUGUUAACGCUUGAGACAUCGAACCAGUACGCUCUGAUCCGACUGGAACACCAGUUCGAGGCUGAUGAAGACUCUAAACUCUCGAUGCCGGUCAACGUAUCUCUUCAAGGGCUGUUCACAGAUCUUGAAGUUUCCAAAGUUGAGGAGCUCAACCUUGCGGCCAAUCAGCUUCUGAAAGAUAAGCAUCCAAUGCAGUGGAAUAUCAAAUCGGUCCGUAAGUCACGUGUUAGGGUCAGCGGUAGCGCAAAACAGCCCUCUUUGCGGUUAGCGAACACACCCGUGGAGCUUCGCCCAAUGCAGAUCCGUACCUUCAAGGCGACGCUCAGAAUGAAGAAAAAAUCAAAAGACAGUGUUCAGAUGACAAAGAUCCGGAAGGCAAAGAGGGUCUACAGGCUGUUGACUUCUCGAAACGGAUGAAACAACUAGCACUGUGCAGUAUUUGUAUUUUGUUGUCCUUUGGCAACAUGGAGUAGAUAUCGACCAAAUAAUGAUAUAGAAUAGUAGAAAUGUUUCAUAGAUGAAUAUGAAUAGAUGAAUCGUUAUCAAAACUUAGGGUUGUCUUUUUUUUUACGCAUGUCACUAACAAAAGUUUGCACGUUAGAUAAGAUAAUAUGCAAUGCAAUUGCCAGUUGUAGAGACUAAGAGUUUGUAGUUCCGCAGGAGUAUGAUUAAAAAAUAUAUAUUUCUUUGGCGAUCAUGAAA